UUCAAAUCUUGCGUUGACUGUUUUCUAGUCAAGAUGGCGUCGGCGCCGGUCCGCGUUGUCUGCCUGGCUGUUCUCAUGGCCUCUAUCCGACACUGCGCCACCUCUGAGAUAAGUGACACUUUGAUAAAGACGGAUUUCUCGAUCACAAUCCCCAAAGAGGGACUUCAGGCGCACGUUGAGAAAAUCUUUCACCUCGGGCCAUCUCAGACUCUAGGUGUGUUCGACUUCUCCAACAGUGCGAGUUACUUGCCGGCAAGCCCCGCCACCGAGACCGGAAAAAGGUCGUCGGAUCAGGUCGGCAGCAGUGCUUUUGCGUUUGAGAACGGUAAGUGCAACUUCGACAGAGUCAUCGGGUACAACCAACUCUUCCCCGGAUACGAGACACCCCUGUGGGUUCGUGCUUCCUCUCCAGCGAACUCGGACGAGGAGGGGUCGACAGAGGUGACGACGUACAAGUUUACGAAUCCUCCCGAAGAGAACUUGUAUGGAAGGGUCAGUUUCUGCAUACGUUUCAAUACUGUCGGGGCCACUGAAGAAUCAGACGGCACUUCAGUGACAACACAGAGGCCUACUUCUGGAUCCAGUGAAUCACAAACCGAAAACCCGCAGACAUCCCCCGGAGAAUCGACAGAGCAAGAUGGGCAAACGCCGUCUCCGGCCCCUCCCAGCGGUGGCCCAGAUAACAACAACUCCGACCCUUCAAGCGGCAGUGAAGAUAACGACGGUGUGAAUCAAAAUGGAGAAGAUGGCCAAUCAGAAGGAGACGCAGGCGAAACCGAAUCCAGUGUGCCAGGUACAUUGAACAAUCAUGUCGCAAGUGAAAUUUCGGAAGCUCAGAUCAAAUCAACAGCACUAUCUUCAGGCGCAACUCCGGGUUAUGACGCGGUUCCAGGUCAGGAAGGCGUACAGACGAGGAGGCUGUCAGAACAGAGCGAGACAAAAGACCCAUUCUACUUAACUAUUGUGGUACACUCCGCUGCUUGGGGCCUCGUCAGCAACGCGACUGCACUCUGGGUUUCUCUUUGUGUCAUGGUAGCCACUUUGCUGCAGACCGUCUGGUGA